AUGUUACUGGUAGUGGUCGCGGCAAAAGGCACAGGAAGGCGGGCAAGGCGGCUAGACGUUCGAGAGCUAACGCCACACAGCACGGCCGUGGUAACGGACUUGCAGAGUUCGCGCGAGUGCCCGAUGUCACGCUUGGCCUUUGAGGAGGGGCUGCGGAGGGGGGCGCGCGGUGCCGUACGUACCGAGAUCGUGUCGGAGAUGGCGCUGCAGAAGGCCCCGAAGCCGGAGUGGGCGGGCGAAGGCGGCGGGCCGCCGCUCGCGCGGUCCAUCGCGGUGUGCCGCACCCGGUGUGCCCCGGCGGUCGGCGGAGCACUGCGCCCUCGCGUUACA